AUGUGCUACUAUGGUAACUACUAUGGUGGCCUGGGCUAUGGCUAUGGUGGCCUAGGCUGUGGCUAUGGCUAUGGUGGUUAUGGUGGCUAUGGCUAUGGCUGUUGCCGCCCCCUGUGCUGUAGGAGAUACUGGACCUAUGGCUUCUACUGA